ACAGAGCACCGCGGACCGGGGACGAAUGAGCGCGGGGUGAGCCUGACAAACAGCACUGGCACCGGCCCACGCCAUCCAAACCUGUCCGGGCACAGCGCUUUCACUUUUUACUCCACUCGGGACUUUCCUGCGCCAAAAUGGCCUCCUCUGCCCCGCCCCCAACCACUCUGGACAUCCCUCUGAUUGGUACAUCCGUGCACAUCGCUCGCAGCUCCGGCAGAAUCCUCCUGGACCUGCUCCAGACCCGGUUUCACUGCGAGGCCCAGAUCCUCGGUGUAGACCUGGACUUGGGCCCAGGGCAGAGAUCACACAUAGUCCCUGACAAACGCUUCGAGACCACACUGUCCUCUGGUGUCCGAGUGUCCGUGUGGAAGGCGGAUCUGGGAAACUUCUCGGCUGUGGCUGUGGUCAACGCGGCCAACUCAAAGCUCCAGCAUCACGGAGGUCUGGCCCUGGCUCUGUCCACCGCAGGAGGACCACUGAUUCAAAAAGAGAGUGAUGAUCAUGUCCAGAGCUGGGGAGAGGUGAAGACAGGAGAGGCCGUGGUUUUGGGAGCAGGAAAUCUUCAGUGCAAAGCUGUUAUUCACGCUGUUGGCCCUCACCUGUCCUUCAGACCCAAUCACCAUGAGGUUUCAUUGGCUACAGGUCAGCUGGAGAGAACCAUCAGGAGUGUGCUGCAAAGAGUGGAGGAAAAACGUUUUGAUACAGUGGCAAUUCCAGCCAUAAGUUCUGGAAUUUUUAACUUCCCGCUGUCCGAAUGUGCAGAGGUGAUAGUCAGCACGGUGAAGAAGUUCUAUGGAAGUGACACGUCUCACAGGUUUAAGCCCAAAGAGGUUCUGCUGGUGAACAAUGAUGACCCCACAGUGGAGGAGAUGAGGCGGGCGUGUACCAGGCUCCUGCUCCCUGCCCCUGUGUCCUACAGCCAGGCAGCAGCAGCAGGAAACUCACCCCUGACCAGAGGAGCAGCUAAAAGCGACACUACUCCUCCUUUUCCCCAAGUACAGUUAGGAACAGUGCGGGUGAUCCUGAGGAAGGGAAACCUGGAGGAGCAGAAGAUGGAUGUGAUCGUGAACACCAUUGGGCCGGAUAGAAAUCUGAGCAUGGGCCAAGUGUCCAAGAUGUUGUUAAAGAAAGCUGGCUCCAAAAUGCAAGACCAGAUCAAGCAGGCCCGCUCCAAUGGGUCUGUGAUCAUUACACAGGGCUUUAAGUUAGACUGUAAAGAGGUCUACCACACCUGCUGCCCCUCAAAAAGCAUCUUCGGAUCUGACCAGGUGUUGUUCAAGUCUGUACAGGACUGUCUGUGGCUGGCAGUAGCCUCUCAGCACAGCUCCAUCGCGUUCCCGGCCAUCGGCACUGGGAAUUUGGGCUUCGGGGAUGAGGAGGCAGCUCAGAUCAUGCUGAAUGCUGUGUGGGACUUUUUUCAAAAAUGUGUCAAAUCUUUAAAUGUGCACUUCGUCAUCUUCCCCUCAGACGUGCAUCGUUUCAAGGCGUUUGAAAAACAACUGAAAUCCCUCCAACCAAAGGCUUUCCAGAUGGAACCCCCUCAGAAUUUCCCAGGAGGAGCUCAAAGUCUGAACUCAAAACCAGCUCUGCCCCCAACCCAAGCGUCUGCAGCCUGGGCCCGUGAGGACAGACCAGAGGAGCUCCCCCCACAGCCGUGUCUCCGUCUGCACAGCCACUCAGACCGCAGCCGCUCUGAGGCUGAGGCCUGGGUCACAUCUCUGCUCCACAACCAGGAAAACGUAGUCUGCAUCUGCAACAACUUCAUCCAGCAUCUCGGAGACAAACAACUGCAGGAGCUGUCCAACAUGGAGGUGGAGGGCGUGCAGGUGGAGGAGUUCCUGGAGAAGGGUCGCUCUGGGUUUGUGGUGAGUGGAAACAGUGUGGAGAACAUCGCUUUCACAGCUCUGAGACUGGAGCAGAAGAUCCAAGAAGCACAGAGGCAGUAUGAGAAGGAGGAGCACGAGGAGCUGAGGAGACUGAGCCAGAAGAGCCAGAAGAGCCAGAAAAGCCAGAGCCCAAUGAGCCAUAGAGGAGAGAGUUGGGAGAAGGCUGAGAACCAGAAGGGGGAGGUGAGGGUGACAGGAGAGAGGAUUCCAGUGUCCAGAUCUGACCCUCAGCUCAAAGUUUUGAUGGAGCAGCUGAAGCGCCUCGACCUGAAGCCCAUCAAGGCAGAGAAAGUGGAGAACCCAGCGCUGGAGAAACUCUUUAACAUCCAAAAAACCCAGAUGCCCUCCCGCUCCUCUGAGAUCAUGCUGCAGCUCGUCUCUGCGCGAUUCUGUGACAUGGUCUGUCAGAUUGGAUUCAGGCCCGAGUGUGCGCCCCCUGACGACGCGUGUCUUGGAGAGGGUCUGUAUUUCGCCAAAGAUGUGAAGACCGCUCUGGACACCUGGACCGAUCGCUCAGAGGCGUUCCUGUACCUGUUUGUGGCUGAGGUCUUAAAGGGGAAGUCCGAGCGUGGUAGACCUGGUUUAGUUCUGGGUCCUAGUCUUGGUCCUGUUCCAGAGACUCGCUGUGACUCUGUGGAAGGGUCAAAGGUCACAGUGGUUUUCAGUCACCUGCAGGCCAUGCCGCGGUUCCUCCUCACCUGUCAGAAAAGUACCUAUGUGUGAAAACAACAGGACUAAACUGAGCACUGACAAAUACAUGUGUGGCUAAAUAGUUAUAAAUACUAAAUACUAAUAGAACUAAAAACAAGGACUUUUCCAGGUGUAAAAGGAGGACUAAACCUUAUUUCUUCAUUUUUAAAUAGAAUGGACUUUCCGAACAAUUACAGCUGAAACUUUGAAGGGUCCAUAUUAUGAUGUUGUCUGAUCUCUGUUCUAAUGUUGUUCCCUCCUCACAAACAGACCUGGACUUGUGUUUUGUUUCAUUCACAUGUUUAACACACAAACGCUGCACAUUUAGGCGGAGUUCUUCCCUCAAACAGAAAACACCUUGUGAGCAUUUGUAGCUUUGGAGAUGUGGACAGACUCAUAACAAAGAUUUACUCAAACGUGUGAAUGAAACAAAACACAACUCCAGGUCUGUUUCUGAGGAGGGAACAAAAUUAUAACGUGGUUAAAAGCUCACAAGAUUCAGUUUUGUGUAAUAUAGGACCUUUAAACCACGGUGAACAGAAGCUUUUUAUGGUAAUAUAUUUUCCAUUUUGAUUUAAUUUUUUUGUCGUUCUGUUUGUAAAUCAGUUUUUUUUAAAACUUUGUAAUCAUUUUGUGAAGGAAAAAUUGUAAAAGUAUGAAGAGGAGUGUGUAAUGAUUCUAUGCAAAUCAGAAAGAAUUAAACUGUUUGAUAACAAA